AACUAGAUUCAGAUCUUUGCCACCAAACACAAACAGCUUCCUUUCUUACACUCUUCUCUCUGUUGGCCGCCAUCAUGUCCAUGGCAAUGUCAUCAACCUCCUCUCCCCACUCUCUCCUUCUCCAAAACCGCCGCCUCUCCGCCGCCAAACCCUUCUUCAAUACCGCCGUCUCCCUCCCCAACCGCCGGAUCUCCACCUCCAUCACCUGCGUAGCCCAAACCCAAACUCCCUCUCCGGCCCAAACCCAAACCCAGUCCCAAGAUCGGGUCUUCAACUUCGCCGCCGGCCCCGCCACCCUGCCGGAGCGGGUCCUCCUGAAGGCCCAAUCGGAGCUCUACAACUGGCGCGGAUCCGGCAUGAGCGUGAUGGAGAUGAGCCACAGAGGGAAGGACUUCCUCUCCAUAAUCAACAAGGCCGAAUCCGACCUCCGAUCUCUCCUCGGAAUCCCCGAUGACUACGCCGUCCUCUUCCUCCAGGGCGGCGCCACCACCCAGUUCGCCGCCAUUCCCUUGAACCUCUGCACUCCCGACGAUUCCAUCGAUUUCGUCGUCACCGGAUCUUGGGGAGACAAGGCUUUCAAGGAGGCCAAGAAGUUCUGCAAACCCAAUCUCAUCUGGUCUGGCAAAUCCGAUAACUACACCAACAUUCCGGCGUUCGACGAUCUGGAUCAGACCUCCAACGCCAGGUAUUUGCAUAUAUGUGCCAACGAGACCAUCCAUGGCGUCGAGUUCAAGACCUUCCCCACACCCAGAAAUGGCCUCCUCGCCGCCGACAUGUCGUCGAAUUUCUGCUCCAAACCCGUCAACGUGACUAAAUUCGGUGUCAUCUACGCUGGAGCGCAGAAGAAUGUAGGGCCGUCCGGGGUUACCAUCGUGAUCAUAAGGAAGGAUCUGAUUGGCAACGCGCAGGAGAAGACGCCGGUGAUGCUCGACUACAAGAUCCACUCCGACAACAACUCGCUCUACAACACGCCACCAUGUUAUGGGAUCUACAUUUGCGGUUUGGUGUUUGAGGACUUGUUGGAGCAGGGGGGUUUGGAAGAGGUGGAGAGGAAGAACAAGCACAAGGCCAAUUUGCUCUACAAUGCCAUUGAUGAGAGCAAGGGGUUCUACCGGUGCCCUGUUGAGAAGUCGGUGAGGUCGUUGAUGAACGUGCCGUUCACGCUGGAGAAGUCGGAGUUGGAGGCGGAGUUUGUGAAGGAGGCUGCAAAGGAGAAGAUGUUGCAGCUCAAGGGACACAGGUCAGUGGGAGGCAUGAGAGCCUCUAUAUACAAUGCCAUGCCUUUGGCUGGAGUUGAAAAGUUGGUUGCUUUCAUGAAGGAUUUCCAAGCAAGGCAUGCUUGAAGUUGAAAUUCAGUAAUUAUCUACUAUUUUUUUUUUUUUUGCUUGGUUUGCUCCUUUUUUGGGAUUUUUUUUUUGGCUCUUUUUUUGAGGUUGUACUUGUUUGUCAAUUGUUAGUGAGCAAUAAUCAAGAAGUUUAGUUCCUAGUAUUUUAGUGAUGGAGGGUUCAGCGAGACCCUCAAUACU